AUGACUGAUAUACAAAUACAAAAUCAAAAUAAUAAUUUGGCUACUAAUAAAAAAGAAUUUGACCAUAGAUUUGAUGAUAAACCGUUAAGAAUCUUAUGUGUAAAAAACAUACCAAAAGAGACAACCGAAAAUGAACUAUUAGAAUUGUUUAAACCAUUUGGUUCCAUAGAAAAUAUAAAUCUUAAAGUCAAUAAAAAUGUAGGACCGUAUGCUAUAUUUGCACAUGUUUAUUUUAGUACUCCAGAGGAGGCUAAAAGAUGUCUAAAGCAAAUGAAUGGAAAAAUUUUAAAAGGUCGAGCUUUAAGAAUUGACUACAAAAAAAAUAAUACAAAAUUAGGUGAGGGAGAAGAAGAUAAUAACAAUAAUAAUUAUUAUAAUAAUAUGACAAGCAAUCCGAAUAACAAUAAUAAUAAGUUUCAUAAAAAGCCAAAUAGAACAAACCAAUUUUAUAACAACCAACUUUACAAUAAUCGUUAUCCUAAUAAUAAGCGACCCAUGCGAAGUGGAUUUACAACAGGAGAUGGGUCAACCAACCAACAUGACACAGACACUAACUAUUCUAGAGAAUAUGAACCAAACAAAAGAAUGCGCAUGGGAAAUUUCAACAACCUAAAUAUAAACAACAUAAAUAGUGAUACCGAUUUAAAUAAAUUAUUAAGAGAAUAUGAAAAUAGAAAAGACACAAAUAAUAAUGAAGUUGAAAAUAUUAUCCAAACAUUGAUUAAUGAUAUGACACAUAAAACACCAAGAGUAAAAUUAUUUUUGUGUGACCAUUUAAGAAAAUGUGUUCAACAUGUUUUUAACAGACCUUGUAUAAAUACAACAAAUAAUAAUAAUAAUUUAAAUGAUAUUUCUAGCAUCCCUUUUUCUGGGUCUAACCAUGAACAUAGAAAUAAUCCUAUAUCAAAUUUACAAAAUUAUCAAAAUAUCAACGAAUUUGAAAAAAAAAAAAUAUACAACAAUAAUAGUAAUACCAUUUUAUGGAGAGGAACUCUUGAAAUGAAAAACAAAGACAACCUAAAUAUUAAUGCAUAUGGAUUAAGUGGUGAUGUAAAUAAUUUCUUAAAUAAUAAUAUAAAAAACAUAACAAUUAGUCAUAGAAAAAAAAUGAAAAAUUUACCACCAAUUGAAGCCAUUUAUAAUUUUGAAAUACAAAAUGAAAAAGAUAUAAAUAUUUUUGAAUCAUAUAAAAAUUAUUUUAAUAAUAAAGAUAGAGUUGGUUUAGCAUCAGCAGACGAAAAUUGGCAUUUCUAUAUUAUAUUCCCUGGUACACCAAUAUUUGAUGAAAUUCUAAAUGCCAAUACUAAUAUUCAAACAAAUUUCAAUAACUCUUUUAUAGGAGUUGUAUCAUAUAAUCCUCAAAUAUUAGAAAGAAAUAAUCCAAGAAAAUUAAAUCCAUCCCAAGGUGAUACAACAAUAAGUAACAUUCCUCCUACCACCGAUAAUUAUAUGAGUAAUAAUAAUUUGGCAAAUAACUUUAACAACACUACAGAGGAGAAUAAAAAAAGUGAUUCAGAAAUAAAUACUAAUGAUCAAACAGAAAAUGAUGAUAGUAAAAAUGAAGUACCAAAUUGGUUGAAUCAAUUUAGCUCUCUAGCAGCAUAUCUUGUCAAAAAAUAA